GUAAAAAGGCGUGCUUUGCGUCGUUUCAAGUUGCAAAAAUUCGCACAAGAUAAAGUGUAAUUUCGCCGGUAAUUCGUUUUAAUUAGUGCCAACAUGUCCUCAAAAGCCGACGCGCUUGAUUUGGCCGCGUUGGACGCCGAGCUGGACCAGAUGAGCAAGGACUACUGCGAUCCGGAACUGAACCGGUAUGACACCGGACCGGGAGCGGAUCUGGACGACCGGCAGCAGCCGGGAGCGUUGGCGGCGGCCGCCGCCGGAGGAGGAAGUGAGAUGGGGUUCAGCGAACCGCCGGCGGUUCGCAUUCGGUUGAAGAACACGCGCGAUUUAACGGAGGCUGGGUUGCGCGAACUUUGCCGGCCGUACGGAACCAUUGUGAACGUGUACAAGGCGAAGCAGGAGGGCGGGAACUUUGCGUUUGUGGAGUUUGGCAAUCCGAGCGAGGCGGGGCUGGCGAUUCAGGAGUUGAACGCCAAGUUGGGCUUUCAGUUUUACGCGGCGUUUGCGCACGAGAAGAAGGAGACGGAUUUGGUGCCGAUGCCGCCGCCGCCGUUUGGCGCCGGGUCCGGGGAGAAGGUGGUGCACUCGAUUGAGGCGUUGGGGCCGGACGAGGAGAGCUGGGAGCGGACGGUGGCGCAGCGGCGGGUUAAGACGGCGUUUUCGAUUCCGUUGAGGGUACGGUUUCCGGAGGAGCAGGGGUUGGCCACGGCGCCGCAUUAUAGGGCGGAGGGGGACCGGUUGACGCAGCUGUCGCGGGUCGAUGCGGGGGAGAUUUUCAGCGUGGUGACGCUGAUUGGGGGAGGGGAGAAGCUUGAGGUUGACAGUGGGAUUGAUGUUGGGAUUGUUCAACUAAUUGACAAGUUGGCGCAGCGCGAGUCCGUCAGUCGGUUGACGCUGGUUGAAGACGGUGAUCAGAAGAGGCCAGUCUACCACUUCUCGAGUCUUCCCGCAGAUCAGAGCAAACUGUUCCCGGACUCGAGCUGCGUGGCCUGCGGCCACCGCGGCUUCUUCAGCUGUUCAAUCUGCACGGCCACGUACUGCUCGCGGCACUGCCAGGCCGAAGACUACAGUAAGCACAAGGACUCGUGCCACAUUCAGGGCGUGAAGGUGCGCGUCCCCGCGCCUUCGGCUGUGUUUGAAGAUCUGGACGACGACGGGCUGACGCAGGAAGCGUUCAAGAAGGGUUCGCACGUGAUGAUCUUGGCGGUGCUGAGUCCGGAGCGGGUGUUUGUGCGAUCGCUGGACAAGGAAAGCAACAAAGAGUACCUGCAGACGUUGAGCGAUGUGGCCAAGGCCGGGCUGACGGCGCAGCCGUUGAAGAACGUGCCGGUGGCGGGCGCCAUCUGCUUGGCAUUCUACGAACCGCUGCAGAUCUACGCCAGAGUGCUGAUCACGAAGGUGGCGAAGGGCCAGGCUAGCUGCGUGUUCAUCGAGUUCGGCCUGAUUCAGCUGGUGCCGGUGAAGCAACUCAAACAAAUCAACGACAGCGCGUUGAAGCUCCGGAAAGUCCGCGUUCACAAGGUGCAUCUGCACGGAAUUACCACCGAGUACGGCCACAUCGAAAAAGCCAUCGACUACCUCAAAACCCUCAUCAACCAACCGCUCGAGAUGAAGGCCCAGACGGAGUGCGGAAACCUCGUCGACGCCCAACUCCGCACCGCGUACGGCGUCAGCGUCAACAAGCACAUCAACGAACUCAUCACCAUCCCCAUCGAAAAGGCCCUCGACAACGUCGACGCCUUCGUCAACUACAACUCAAUCCCCGCCAAACGCCUUCCCCCGAACCAAACCCUGGACAUCCUCAUCCUCAACCGAACCACCGUCAAGCUGGACUUCCGCGUCGGCCUGAUCGCGUACUCCGACCUGCCCUACCUCCACGACCUGCACCGCAAACUCCAAAGCUACGGCAAGAAGGUCGAGAAAUUCACCGAAAACUUCACGCCUCGCCUCCACGAAGUGUGCCUCGUGCGCGACAUGAGCACCUGGUACCGCGGAGUGUGCAUCGAGGCCGCCGGCGACUGCCGCCCAACGAUCUACCUCUGCGACUACGGCUGUAUGAUCAUGGUCAAGCUGCAGGACAUUCGCAAGAUCCCGCCCUCACUCGCGCUGGAAGUUCGCACCACCGACGCCAAGGUGUACGGCCUGGAGGAGGCGAAAAACAACGGGUUGAAGAUUGACUCCGAGUUCCUGGACAUUUACCUGGAGGAGAACGAACGGCUGACGGUGGAAACCAGCGAGGAGGUGGAGUUCAGCGAGUUCGAGAUGGAGCUGUCGCGGGAGAGCCAGUCGAUGAUGACGGUCAUCAAGGUGCCGGAGCUGGUGGCGUUCAUCGAGGAGCGCGAGCAGCGGGAGAGGAAUCGAGUUGAACAACCCCUCCGGCUUUCGUCCAGGAUGUCGUCGUCGACGACGACGACGACGGUCUCCAGCAAGGAGUAGUAGCGGAGGGGUCAAAAAUCGACCAACAGGAGGAGACACACACAAAACAUUACCCCACCGAAACAAACAAAAAAAACUUUGUGUUGAUGUGUGUGCGUCGUCCGACAGGACGACUCAUCAACCUCUUACCAACACAAAGCGCGCUGUGCCUUUUUUAAAUGUUCCUUUAUCUCG